GAAAAAAAGAAAGAAAAGAAAGAAGAAAAAAAAAGAAAAAGGGGAAAAGAGAAAAGGAAAGGGGAAAAAAAAAAAAAAAAAAAAGAAAAAGGAAAAAAGGGGGGGAGAAAAAAAGAAAAAAAAAAGAAAAAAAAAAAGGAAAAAAAAAAAAGAAAGAGAGGAAGAAAAAGAAAAAAAAGAAGGAAAAGAAAGGGGGGGGAAAAAAAAGGAAAAAAGAAAAGAAGAAGAAAAAGGAAAAAAAGAAAAAGAAAAAAGAAAGAGGAAGAAGGAGAAAGAAGGAAGGAAGGAAGGGGGGAAGAAAAAGAAAGAAAAAGGAAAAGGAAAAAAAGGGAAAAAGGGGGAAAAAAAGGGGGGAAAAGGGGGAAAAAAGGAGAAAAAGAAAAAAAGGGAAAAAAAGGGGGGAGAGGGAAAAAAAAAGGAAAGAAAGAAAAAGAGAGAAAAAAAAAGGAAGAAGAAAAGAAAGGGAGGGAAAAAAAGGGGGGGGGAAAAGAAAAAAGAAAGAAAAAAGAGAGAAAAAGAGAAAAAAAAAAAAAGAAAAGAAAGAAGAAGGGAAAAAAAAAAGAGAGAGAAGAGGAAAAAGGAAAGAGAAGAAAAAAAGAAAGAGAAAAAAAAAAGAAAAAGAAAAAAAAAAAAGAGGGAAAAGAAAGGAGAGAAAAGGGGAGAAAAGGGGGGAAAAAGGGGAAAGAAAAGAAAAGAAAAAAAGAGAAGGAAAAAGAAGAGAAAAGAAGAAAAAAGAAAAGAAGGGGGGGAAAAAAAGAAAAGAAGGAAAAAAAGAAAAGGAGGGGGAAAGAAAGAAGAAAAAAAAAAAGAAGGGAAAGAAAGAAAAAAAAGGGAAAAAAAGGGGGGGGAAAAAAAAAGGAGAAGAAAGAAAAAAGGAGGGAAAAGAGGGAAAAAAGGGGAGGAGGAAAAAAGGGAAAAAAAAAAAGAGAGGAAAGAAAAGAAAAAGAGGAGAAAAAAGAAAAAGAAAAAGAGAGGAAAAAAAAAAGAAAAAAAGGGGGAAGAAAGAGAAAGAGGGGGAAAAAAAAAGGGGGAAGAAAAAAAAGGAAGAGAGAAAAAAAAGAGGAAGGAAAAAGAGGAGAAAGGAAAGGAAAAGGAAAAGAAAAGGGGAAAAGGGGGAAAAGAAGGAAAGGGGAAAAAAGAAAAAAGGGAAAAGGAAAAGGGGAAAAAAGGGAGAAAAAGAAAAAGGAAGGGGAAAGAGAAAAAAGAAAAAAAAGGGGGGAAAAAAGAAAAAAGAGAGAAAAAAAAGGGGAAAAGAAGAAAAAAAGGAAAAAAAGAAAAGGGGGGAAAAAAGAAAAAGGGAGAAAAAAAGAAAAAAAAAAAGGAAAAAAGAAGAAGGGGAAAAAAAGGAAAAAAGGAGAAGAAGGGGGAAAAAGGAGAAAAGAAGGGGAGAAAAAAAAGAAAGGGGAAAGAAAGGGGAAAAAAAGGAAGAAAAGGAAAAAGAAGGGGAAGAGGAAAAAAAAAAGAGAAAAAGAAAGGGGGGGGAAAAAAGAGAAAGGGGAGAAAAGGGGGAAAAGGGGAAAAGAAAAAAAGAGAAAGGGGAAAAAGAAAGGAAAAAAGAAAAAAAGAGGGAAAAAAAAAAAAAGAGAAGAGAAGAGAAGAGAGAGAGAGAGAAAGAGACAGAGAGAGAGAGAAGAAGAGAGAGAAAGAAGAGACGUUAGAGAGGCGAGAAGAUAGAGAGACGCGAGAGAAGAGAGAGAGAGAGAGAGAAGAGUAA